CUGCGAGGGGUUGUUUUUCGGUCUGGCAAUAUGCAAAAUGUCAGCUGUUAUCACCGAACCGCAAUUUUUUCGAGGAAUUGAUAUAUUAAUAAAAAACUAUCACGCUCUGAAUAAACAAAUAUUUGCUGUGGUUAUAACUCAAGUUAGAAAACAACAAAAUGGCAAUUUCUCCGAUUCUACUGAGGAGGAGCUGGAGGACAGUCUUUUGGAUCAUUCGGACCGUGGCACGUGUACAUUUGAAAUCGGCUACAAACUACUAACAAAAAAGAUUAAAGAAAAUAUGAUUGGAACAGGGAUACUAGAUUUUGAUCAAAAAACCUACCAAUGCAAAUUUAACAGCGAAGAGUUGGAUGAUUUUUGCGUGAGACUUAAAGAUGGAGAAGUGGAAGCAUCCUUGCUAGAAACAGGAUCUAAAUCGCGUUGGUUGGAGUUCGUUUUGAUGCCGAAACUUCUCAGCUGGUGCCAAAGUCAUCGGGAGAAAGGCGAUAUAAAAUCGCUUGGUCUUGUUGAUGUGGAAAAGUAUAACAAUUUGUACAAGGACCUAAAAACGAAGCAUGCCCAAACCCUAUUGGAAUACUGGCAGGAAGCCAAUGAAUCUACAGAUCCGCUCAAAUUCAUAUACGAAGAUUUGGCCAUUGCAGCGUAUCUCAUCAUCUUGUGGAGCGAGACGCAAACCGAGCCACGAGCUUUUGCAGAUUUAGGAUGUGGAAACGGUCUGCUUGUCCACAUUCUUAACGCAGAAGGCUAUGAAGGUUACGGCUACGACAUCCGAAAACGUAAGCUAUGGUCCCUGUAUAAUGAACAGACGCAAUCCAGACUCAUAGAGCAGGCUGUGGAGCCCAAGAGUUUUAGUUUGGCGAGCCCCCACAUCGAUUGGUUAAUUGGCAAUCAUUCAGAUGAAUUGUCACCCUGGUUACCUGUGCUGGCCGCCAGAUUCAACACAAAGUUUUUCUUACUGCCGUGUUGUGCCUUUGAGCUGUCCGGCCUAAAAUUCCAAAGACGAAACACAGGCAUAAGUGCUUAUCAGGAUUUCUAUAAAUAUGCCACCAAUUUAUCGAAGCAAUGUGGUUUUGAUACGCUUCAAGAUCGCCUUAAAAUUCCGAGUACAAAACGGUUAGCCCUAAUUGGACUCAAGAGAGAAUCGCGAGAUUAUGAGAAUAUCGUAAAGGAAGAGUUGGAGAAAUUUAAGACUAGCGAUGAGCUUUGUGUUAAAAUUCGGCAAAAAGAGGAAACAGUGCGUAAUUGCACUCAAGUGGAAAAAAGCAUUAUCGACUCAUUAGUAUUGAAGAUCUUUCGCUUGCUUCUAAAUAACAAUGAGGAUCACUGGUCCGGACGUCUAUCCAUGCGGAUAAUUGCUCAGAAUUUAACCAGAGAUGAGCUUAAAGGUAUCAAAUCCGAGUGCGGGGGCAUAAAAACUCUGCUAAGGAACAAACACGAGGUAUUUGAGUUUUGUGGAAAUGAUUUAAUUGGCAUACGCAAACCUAUGAAUUCUGGAGUCCUUUCACACAAACUUACAGCCAAAAAGAGGCAGUGUUUCUUUAGACUGCAUCAUCCGCUUGGAUGCCCGCUCAAGGAUUCCGAUUGCUCUUUUAUACAUUAAUUGUGCCUUGUAUACUUUUGAAUAAAAUAUGUUACAAAUCGUG